AUGUUCCGAUCCGGUUAUUGGGACGACGACCCCAUGGAUGGGGUCCUUGGCUCAUCGAUGCUUCGCCAUGGAGCGUCGCGUCGAUUUGACGAGUACUACCGCUGCUAUCCCGUCGCCAUGAUGCCAGGCCCCGAGAGAGAGAACGUCAACCAUGGCGGCAAAGUCCUCAUGCCUCCCAGUGCUCUGGACAAAUUGACACGGCUACACAUCACUUACCCGAUGCUUUUCGAAUUGAACAAUGGUGCGCGAGAGAGGACGAGUCAUGCGGGUGUGUUGGAAUUUAUCGCUGAGGAAGGAAAGAUAUACCUGCCUUUCUGGCUCAUGCAAUCCCUCCUUCUCGAACCCGGCGAUCUCGUCCAAAUCAAAUCGACCGACCUUCCUCCGGGACAGUUUAUCAAAUUGCAGCCCCAAUCGACCGCCUUCCUCGACAUCAGCGACCCCAAAGCUGUGUUGGAAAACGCCUUCCGGAAUUUCUCGUGCAUGACUAAAGGAGAUAUUUUCACAUUUGCCUACAAUGACCAGGUAUAUGAGAUGGCGGUGCUGGAGACGAAACCGAAAAAUGACACGAAUGCGGUUUCGGUGCUGGAAACCGAUUUGGAGGUCGAUUUUGCACCACCGAUUGGAUACGAGGAGCCCCAGCGACAGAGUGGCACAAGCACCCCCAGAAGCGGCGUGAACGGGAAGCUACCCGCUGGCGGUUUACUCCACCCGCAUGGUACGAUGGCACAGUCGAUCAACUAUGCGGCGAUUGCCCCGGAGUCGACGGAGAUGGCAGCAGGCGCAAAGGCCGCAUCGUCGAACUUCGUGAGUGGCGGGCAUCGUCUGAACGCGAAGAAAGGCAGCAAGACCCCAACCCCGAAGGCUUCCACCCCGGUACCCGGAACCAGCAACCCUCAACAGCCCCCUAUCGUGCGAAGGACGAAUGGGCCGCAACCCCUCCGUCUGCCGCCCAAUCAGUUGUUCUUCGGGUAUGCCAUCAAGCCCGCACCGAAGCGUGAUGAGCAGGGCCAAAUCGUCGAGGAAGAAAAACCGCGGUUCCAAGGCGCUGGGCAAUCGCUGCGGCCGAAGAAGAAGGAUGCUGGCGGAUCAUCGACCCCCACUUGA